AUGGCGGCGGAGGCAAGGCAAUCGCGGUACCGAGCUACCGACGCGCGCUAAGGGGUUCGCCCGCCGCCGCCCCUUCCCCGGCGCCUGGUUUCCCCUCACCGCUCCCCGCGCGAGUCCGCGCCCCAGGCCCGGGCGCGCCAGCCUUCCAGACGCCCGCUGCCGAGGGGAGAGUGUGCUUCCCUUCCGCCUCCCGCGGUUUCCAGUACCGUUCCUUCCCCGGGUCGGGGAGGGAGGGGGCAUUGAUCUUCGAUCGCGAAGAUGGCUGCUGGCUGCCUGCUGGCCUUGACUCUGACACUUUUCCAAUCUUUCCUGAUCGGCCCCUCGUCAGAGGAGCCGUUCCCUUCGGCCGUCACUAUCAAGUCAUGGGUGGACAAGAUGCAAGAAGACCUUGUCACACUGGCAAAAACAGCAAGUGGAGUCAAUCAGCUUGUUGAUAUUUAUGAAAAAUACCAAGAUUCGUAUACUGUGGAACCAAAUAAUGCACGUCAGCUGGUGGAAAUUGCAGCCAGAGAUAUUGAAAAACUUCUAAGCAACAGAUCUAAGGCCCUGGUGCGCCUGGCUGGGGAAGCAGAGAGAGUUCAAGCAGCCCACCAGUGGAGGGAGGAUUUUGCAAGCAAUGAAGUUGUCUACUACAAUGCGAAAGACGAUCUUGAUCCUGAAAGAAAUGACAGCGAGCCAGGCAGCCAGAGGAUAAAACCUGUUUUUAUCGAAGAUGCUAAUUUUGGACGACAAAUAUCUUAUCAGCACGCAGCAGUCCAUAUUCCCACCGACAUCUAUGAGGGCUCAACAAUUGUGUUAAAUGAACUCAACUGGACAAGUGCCUUAGAUGAAGUUUUCAAAAAAAACCGAGAGGAAGACCCUUCAUUGUUGUGGCAGGUGUUUGGCAGUGCCACAGGCCUGGCCAGGUAUUAUCCAGCUUCACCAUGGGUUGAUAAUAGUAGGACUCCAAAUAAGAUUGACCUUUAUGAUGUACGCAGAAGACCAUGGUACAUCCAAGGAGCUGCAUCUCCUAAAGACAUGCUUAUUCUUGUUGACGUGAGUGGAAGUGUUAGUGGACUGACUCUUAAACUGAUCCGAACCUCUGUCUCUGAAAUGUUGGAAACCCUCUCGGAUGAUGAUUUCGUGAAUGUGGCCUCAUUUAACAGCAAUGCCCAAGAUGUAAGCUGUUUUCAACACCUUGUUCAAGCAAAUGUAAGAAAUAAGAAAGUGCUGAAAGAUGCAGUGAAUAACAUCACAGCAAAAGGAAUCACAGAUUAUAAAAAGGGCUUUAGUUUUGCUUUUGAACAGCUGCUUAAUUAUAAUGUUUCCAGAGCAAACUGCAAUAAAAUCAUCAUGUUGUUCACGGAUGGUGGAGAAGAAAGAGCCCAGGAGAUAUUUGCCAAAUACAACAAAGAUAAAAAAGUACGCGUAUUCACAUUUUCAGUCGGUCAACAUAAUUAUGACAGAGGACCUAUUCAGUGGAUGGCUUGUGAAAAUAAAGGUUAUUAUUAUGAAAUCCCUUCCAUUGGAGCUAUAAGAAUCAAUACUCAGGAAUAUUUGGAUGUUCUGGGAAGACCAAUGGUUUUAGCAGGAGACAAAGCUAAGCAAGUCCAGUGGACAAACGUGUAUCUGGAUGCAUUGGAACUGGGUCUUGUCAUUACUGGAACUCUUCCGGUCUUCAACAUAACUGGCCAAGAUGAAAAUAAGGGAAACAUAAAGAACCAGCUGAUUCUUGGUGUGAUGGGAGUAGAUGUGUCUCUGGAGGACAUUAAAAGGCUGACACCACGUUUUACACUGUGCCCCAAUGGCUAUUAUUUUGCAAUUGAUCCUAAUGGUUACGUUUUAUUACAUCCAAAUCUUCAGCCAAAGAACCCCAAAUCUCAGGAGCCAGUAACACUGGAUUUCCUUGAUGCAGAAUUAGAGAAUGAUAUUAAAGUGGAGAUUCGAAAUAAAAUGAUAGAUGGAGAAAGUGGAGAGAAAACAUUCAGAACCCUGGUUAAAUCUCAAGAUGAGAGAUACAUUGACAAAGGAAAUAGAACAUACACAUGGACUCCUGUCAAUGGCACAGAUUACAGUUUGGCCUUGGUAUUACCAACCUACAGUUUUUACUAUAUAAAAGCCAAAAUAGAAGAGACAAUAACUCAGGCCAGAUAUUCAGAAACCCUGAAGCCAGAUAAUUUUGAAGAAUCUGGCUACACGUUCAUAGCACCAAGAGAUUACUGCAGUGACCUUAAAAUAUCGGAUAAUAACACUGAAUUUCUUUUAAAUUUCAACGAGUUCAUUGAUAGAAAAACUCCAAAUAAUCCAUCAUGUAACACGGACUUGAUUAAUAGAAUCUUGCUGGAUGCAGGCUUUACAAAUGAACUUGUCCAAAAUUACUGGAGUAAGCAGAAAAACAUCAAGGGAGUGAAAGCGCGUUUUGUUGUGACUGAUGGUGGGAUUACCAGAGUGUAUCCCAAAGAAGCUGGAGAAAAUUGGCAAGAAAACCCAGAGACAUAUGAGGACAGCUUUUAUAAAAGAAGCCUGGAUAAUGAUAACUAUGUUUUCACUGCUCCCUACUUUAACAAAAGUGGACCUGGUGCCUAUGAAUCAGGCAUUAUGGUAAGCAAAGCUGUAGAAAUAUAUAUACAAGGAAAACUUCUUAAACCUGCAGUUGUUGGAAUUAAAAUUGAUGUAAAUUCCUGGAUAGAGAAUUUUACCAAAACUUCAAUCAGGGAUCCGUGUGCUGGUCCAGUUUGCGACUGCAAAAGAAACAGUGAUGUAAUGGAUUGUGUGAUUCUAGAUGAUGGUGGCUUUCUAUUGAUGGCAAAUCAUGAUGACUAUACUAACCAGAUUGGAAGAUUUUUUGGAGAGAUUGAUCCGAGCUUGAUGAGACACCUUGUUAAUAUAUCAGUUUAUGCUUUUAACAAAUCUUACGAUUAUCAGUCGGUGUGUGAGCCCGGUGCUGCACCAAAACAAGGAGCAGGGCAUCGCUCAGCAUAUGUGCCAUCCAUAGCAGACAUAUUGCACAUUGGCUGGUGGGCUACUGCUGCUGCCUGGUCUAUUCUACAGCAGGUUCUCUUAAGUUUGACUUUUCCACGACUCCUAGAGGCAGUUGAGAUGGAAGAUGAUGACUUCACAGCUUCCCUGUCAAAGCAGAGCUGCAUUACUGAACAAACCCAGUAUUUCUUUGAUAAUGAUAGUAAAUCAUUCAGUGGUGUAUUAGACUGUGGAAAUUGUUCCAGAAUCUUUCAUGUAGAAAAGCUUAUGAACACUAACUUAAUAUUCAUAAUGGUUGAGAGCAAGGGGACAUGUCCCUGUGACACACGACUGCUCAUACAAGCGGAGCAGACUUCUGAUGGUCCAGAUCCUUGUGAUAUGGUUAAGCAACCCAGAUACCGAAAAGGGCCUGAUGUCUGCUUUGAUAACAAUAACCUGGAGGAUUAUACUGACUGUGGUGGCGUUUCUGGAUUAAAUCCCUCCCUGUGGUCUAUCAUCGGAAUACAGUGUGUACUGCUUUGGCUGGUAUCUGGCAGCAGACACUGCCAGUUAUGACCUUCUAAAACCAAAAUCUGCAAAAUUAAACUACAGACCCUGCCAAAACAUGAGCCCUCAAAUUGCAUUAAGAUAGGGUCAACUGUCAAAUCAGCAGAACAUUAGCUGGGCCUUAUCAAAAAAACCAAACCCAUUGCCACUGAGUCGAUUCCAACUCAUAGCAACCCAGUAGGACAGAGUAGAAGUGCCCCAUAGGGUUUCCAAGGCUGUAAAUCUGUACCGGAGCAGACUGCCACAUCUUGCUACUGUGGAGCUGCUGGUGAGUUCCAACCACCGACCUUUCGGUUAGCAGCCAAGCGCUUAACCACUGCACCACCAGGGCUCCUUAUAGCUGGGCCCAUUCCAUGGCAUAACUCUAAGGCACCCACUGGCUGCAUGUCAGGGUGUCAGAUCCUUAAACUUGUGUGGAUACUGCAUCAUCUAUGUAUAACAUCAAAGCAAAAUUCGAUACGUGCUCUACUGGGAAAUUUGAAAAGUUGUUGUUGCAUUGUUGGUGAUUUCAUGUAAAAGGGCUUCCUGUGACAUCAUUUAUGAAUCAUAAGAACUGUCUUGAUUGUGACCUGGAAUGUUGACUUGCUGCAGUCCUUGUUCUUUUACUACCAAUAAGAUCCCUAGAAAAAAUCCCUAGGGGUGGAAAAGUUAUUUUUGCCUUCACAUAUUCUUCUGUUCAAAAAUGAUUACAGCUUUGACUAGUUAUUAUUGGAAAAUAUAGAGAGAGUGAGAGAGAAAAUCAACAUUGAUCUAAAUUGUUGAACUAUAAAUGGCUAAUUUUCUAUAAAAUUUGCCAUGAAUAAAAAUGCCUUACGAAGAAUGGCUUCUCUGCCAAAAAAAAAAAAAAAAUGUAACUCUAUUGAUGACCAAUUAAGCUCUGGUGUGGUAAAGAAUUGAUGGUUUGAAAAUAAUUAACUAAGAAAUUAUUAAACUAAAGGUGCUUGAUGGUGAAAUUUGAAUAUGCAGCAUCAUUCUUCAUAAAUGUAAGCCCUUAAUCAAUGCUUCAAUGUAACGUCUCCUGUGUUCACAGUACAGUUAUGUAGUGCUAGCCAGAUAUUUCAAAAUGCUCUAAGAAAAGCUUGUGGGGGGGAGGGGAAAAUGUUUUUUCUUGUGAUAAAAGAACUUUGGUUACCAAGGGUAUUUUGCAUGAUGCUGCUGCUAUUUUAACUUUUCAGUUUGUUUUUCUCUUACUGUAGAGUGUAGUCCAUUGAAAAGUUAACCGAGUGACAUUAUUGUUAUGUAAGAAUCCGAACCUUGCAGUGUAAUGCACUUAAGUCAUCUUUAAAAAUGUUGUUAAACUACUCUGAAUAUACUGUGCAAUGUGAAUGCUGGACAAUUGGGUGAGGUAAACGGUGAAAUGGAAAUUAAUGGAUUUUAUACAGAUUCAUCCUUUUGCCUGAAAACGUAUGUACAGAUAUUUUAAGUACAUAAAUCAGAUUUGACACAUUUAUUUUUUGAAAAGUACAUAUAUAUGUUCUCAAUGAAGAUUCAUCCUAGGUUUCCUUUUUGUUCUUUGGAAUAGUAACACAUAUAAUCCACAAAUCCCUGCGGCUGCUGCUUUUGUCCCUCUAUUUAAAAUUGUCUGGUCACUUGACCAAAAUUUCAGUACAGUUUGAUGAUGGUUUUACAAUAAUCUGAACAAAUAGGAAACCUUGAAUCUAUACGUAUGCACAUGAAUACUUGAUUAGGAAUAAUAAAAAUUUUUUUUAUACAGCCUCAUUGGUGAAAAUGGUUAGUGUAGUAAAUCUGAUAUUUCAUUAUAGAUUAAUAUGGUAGCAGAAUAUUAUUUAUGCUCUUAGAAUUUAUUUUCCAGAGUAAACAGUAUUUGAUGAAAUAGUAAAAACACUGAAUGUGUUAACUAGUAAUAGUGAAUAAUUUUGCUGAAGGCUGGAAGUGUGCAGAUAUUUUUUAUGGUAAAAUGGAUUUGUUCUUUUUUUGAACAUGCCAAAUAUUGGUGUGUGUAUAUGCUGGAAAUUUUCUUAAAUGUAAUUUUAAGUCAAAAUCUUAUUAAUGGUAUCCAGCAUGCUUGAAUAUGAUCCACAUAUCAAAGAUAUAACCAAUUAUUUAGCGUAGUUUAAAAGAUAUAUUUGUUUUGUUUUUAGCUUUACAUACAUUUGUAAUUCCAACCCAUCACCCAUAUACCCUAGGUGCCAUUUAUGUACAUUUCCUUAUUUAAAAUAUUUUUUUUAUUUAAAAAAGGGGGAGAGGGAAAUGGAAUCACUUUGCCAACUAUUGUUCUAAGAGUUGACAUCAGUUACCAUUUCUAAUGCAUUGUUGUGAUUCUGUAGUCUCAUUUAUAACUGGGAUUGACAUUUUAGAAAACGCCAAAGUGAUUUAAAAAAAAAUGGAACUUCUCAUUCUAGUACCAAUAUAUCUAAAUCAUGUUGUUUGUUAAUUAAAUAUAUAAAACUUAUUGUUAACUUUUGCUAGAAUAUUUUAAAUCAUGAAAGCGUUGAUGAUUUAAAUCAUGAAGGGGAUAUCAAAAUACACAAGUGUCUUAGUUUGUGUAUAUGAAUGACACACAUUAAAACAAUCAUAUUGCUUCCAGCAUACAACAAACUACCAUAAAAUUAUGUUUAAAAUUUAUUAAAUAUAUUUCCAUGGCUAAUGUCACUGAUAUAGUAUGUUUUUAUCAGCGACAUUAUUGUUGUAUUAUCUCAGCUAAAUUUGGCAUCUCUUGGCAGGGUCCUAUUUGAUUUCUGUUGCCAUCAAAAUAUAUUUACAUGCACAAGCCUUGCUAUGAUUCUUUAUUUUCUGUUGUAGAAUAAAGUUGUAUAUUAUGACAGCCACAUACCUGGUUAUAAAUUGGAUAAAAAUAUGCUCUCUGAUCUAAAAUUGUCCUCGUUACUGAUACCAGUCUUCACACUUUUGGCAUACUGUUUUUUAAGACAGUAACACUUAUCAAAUUCUUCUAUUAAAUUUAGGGUUUGGGAGUUUGACAAGAACUUUAAUUAUAGCUUGCUAAUUAAUAAUACUAAUAAUAAUUUUUUUAUUAAUAUUGACUUCCAAAGAUGAAACAGUAAAAGAGAUCAAGAAAAAACUUUUAAAAUUGGCUUCACUUAUU